AUGGCAUUUUCGAGCCAGGCGGAGGGGCGCAUGCCUGUAAUCUCAGUAUUUGGAAAGCUAAGGGGAGGAGAAUUGCUGCAAGUUGAAAAAUCAGCAGUGAAACUUUUGAAAAGACAGAUCUGGGGGUUUUGUCCCAGGAGAGGCGAUCUUACAGAACUGCAAGAAUUGACAAAGGGCAAGGGAGAUCUUGGGCAACUUGAAGCCAUUUGUGUCAAGGUGACAUCUGGUGACACAAAAAUUAAGGAAAGGCCAGUGCCCCCUCUGGCUACCACCCAACCCAAAACAAGACCAAGUCAGCCACCUGGAAGAAGCUCCAGCCCGGGGCUCUGUGUCUCCAGCUCUCAGCUGCACAGGGUGCAGGCCCUGGGGAGGACUGGGUCACAGCAGCGCUUUCUCCGAGGUUCCCCUCAGCCUCCUGCUCCCCCGCUAGUACAGAAGCUACUGCCAGCCCUUUAGCCAGUCCCUUUGAGGAGAGUCAAGGCCCCUCAGGCUGCAGAUGGGCAUGGUGUCACUCUGAGCCCUCUGGCAGCCUCUGGUACUGCAGUAGCGCCUGUCUCUUCCAGUCCAGCGUGUGUGUUCAUUUCCAGCUUGCAUACCGCACAUACUGAGAAACUGAAGAAAUCUUUAAAGGUGAGAACACGGUCUGGACGGAUAUCCCGGCCUCCCAAGUAUAAAGCCAGAGAUUAUAAAUUCAUCAAAACGGAGGACUUAGCAGAGGGGCACCUAUCAGACUCCGAUGACCACUCAGAGCUGAGCAUGGAUGAGGAGGAAGAACAGAGGCAGAAGCCGGGGCUCUUUGACACUGUGGGCUGCACCCUGAGGCCCAAGGCCUUUAAAUGCCAGACUUGUGAGAAGUCAUACAUAGGAAGGCGGGGACUGGCGAGAUGUUUUAAACUCAAUCCAGGCCAUGGCCAGCUGGAGCCUGAGAUGUUGCUCUUGAAGAAAGCUAAUGGGAGCCUGACCCUGGGAGUGGGCUCAAAGACCAGAGGCCUGACUCCCCCCACACCAGCUGUUCUCUGCGCAGAAGGGGCAGAAUCCUUGUGCAACACUAUCUAGAAUGGUCAACCUGAAGAAGCUGAAGAGACACUGGUACCUGAGCCAGAAAUUAGAAGUCCCUCGGCUCUUCUGAGACCAGAGAAAUGCCUAGAACCUAGGAAUGGAAGUUGGGCAAGUCAGGCAGAGUUCAGCACAGCCAGACUCCAGCAGAGCAGGGCUGUGCAGCCAAACAGCCACCCUGCCGCAUCGGCAGGGCUGAGCCUCUCCAGGGGAGCGCAGCUCGGGGAGGCUCUCCAGCAGUGUGGCCGAGAGGAGCUGGUGGAGUUGGUCCUGCCUCAGCUGGCUCAGGUGGUGACCCUGUAUGAACUUCUUGUAGUGAAGGUCGAGAGACGUCCUGGAGCAAAGCCUUUCUUUCCUGCUGUGUACAAGGGGUUUGAAGAGUUGCAUGACGUGGUGAAGAGAAUGUGUCAGGAUUACCUCAGCAGCUCUGACCUGUGUCCUCAGGAGCCCCUGGAGAUAAACAAUGAUGAGUGCCAUCUUGAGGGGCAAAGCUUUGCUCUUAAUAUAGUAGCCAAUAAAAACCUGCUGCCCAGCCCAAGUAGCAAAGAGAGCUGCAUUGCUGCUUCUUUGAGGGAAGGUCAUUUGGACCAGCUCAUCGUAGUGAUGAGUCUGUCGGUGAUGGCAUCUGCUGACUUGGAAGCCAGGAGUGUCUCUGCAGAUCCUGAUCUUCUGUGUCAGGAUGUCAGGAGGUCAGCUCUUUAUUCCCAGGUAGCAGAGCCCAGAGGGCUACCCCCCCCAGCCCAGUCGUCAAUGUUCCCUGAAGAGAAUGCUCCAGAACACAUGCAGCAGGAUUCUGAGGACAUCCAGAGAAGCAACGGUGUCUGUGGUACCCCAUCAUCAGGUGAAGGAGUGGAGUCCCUGCUUCUUGAACAAUCAGGAAAUGCAGAGGCAGGAGACCUCAGAGUAACGAGCCAACCCCACUGCAGUAGGCAACAGGCCAGCCCCAGCCAUGCCCUGCCUACAGAGGCUGCAUCCUUCCCACUCCAGAAAACCUUGCCUAUGGAUGUCCUGCCAGCUGCCUGUGUUUCCAAGACUAUGCCCGAGCCAGGGCCUCAUCCUGGACCAGAUGGAUCACUGCCCACUCAUGGGGGUCCCAGUGUUGGAAGCGAAGCUGGGAACGUAAGCUGGUUCCUCUCUAGGAUGGAGGCAGAUAGCCAGAGAGAGCUGUGGCCGCUGUGGGGGAAGCCCUGGCUAGCUUCUGAGAUUUCCCAUCUAUGCCAGGAAGUGUUGUCUCAGGGACGGGAGCAGGUUUCUAUUCGGACUUCCAAUGGGCUUACUUUGUCCCGUCCAAGUACUUCAGUGUCAGAAGAGAAUGUUGUCAUAGUGACUAACGCAAAGGGUUCUAUCGUGAGGUUUGGCCCGCGGGAAGGGGUUGCUUUUGAAGCAAUAGGCUUCCACACUGUGGAGGCAGAGCCCUCUCAGUGA